CCUUUAAAAGCCCAAGCUCUACAGUUUUGUGUCCUAAUGCAAGCAAGAGGGACUGGAGAAAUCAGGACAGCAGAAGACAUGUCGGAGCAGACGUUCAAGGUGAUCAUUGUAGGGGCUGGGCUGGUGGGGUGUGUUGAAGCCAUCUACAUGGCCAGGAAAGGUGUCAAGGUGAAAAUAUUUGAACAGUUUGAAGAUCCCAGGACCUGGAGCGAGGAGAGGGCCCGCAGCAUCAACCUGACCAUGUCACCCAGGGGUCAGCUGGCCCUACGAGAGAUCGGCCUGGAGGGGGAGGUGUUGAAAGAUGGCGUGCUGGCCAGGGGUCGCAUUGUGCACGACGGCAAGGGCAACAAGAAGCACAGUCCAUACAACGAGAAGGGGGAGGGUAUCGUGUCACUGAGGAGAACACAGCUAAACAGUCUGCUCAUUAACGCUGCCCUCAGACAUGAAGGUGUGGAGAUUUUCUUCCAGCACGAGCUGACCUCUUGUGACGUCAACAAGGGCAGGUGUACUUUCAAGGUUACCAGCGGUGGCCAGGUGCAAGAACUGGAGUGUGGAGCAGACCUGAUCAUCGGGGCAGACGGCGCCCACUCAGCCGUCAGGGAACAGAUGUUCAAGGCCAGGAAGCUCGACUUCUUCAAGCAGGAGUAUCACGACGACGGCUACAUGGAGCUCAAGGUGCCCGCAGGUCCAGGGCAGCAGUACCAGAUGGAGCCUGACAUGCUACACAUCUGGCCGAGAGGAGAGUUCAUGCUCAUCACAUUCCCCAACCUGGACGGAACUUUCUCUGGAACUUUGUUCAUGCCCUUCAAGAAGUUUGAUGAGGUCAUGUCCGACAAGACCGUCAUGCUGGACUUUUUUAAUAAAGAGUUCCCAGACCUGGUGCGAAUGGUGGGAGAGAAGAAUCUGAUACAUCACUUUUUUGAACGAGAGGACAGACGUCCUGGGAGGCUGGUGUCCAACCAGGUCAAGCCCUACCACGCCGGAGAGAAGGUCCUCAUCAUGGGGGACGCUGCCCACGCUAUGGUGCCCUUCUACGGGCAGGGCAUGAACUCUGGUUUUGAAGAUUGUCUGAUCCUGGAUGAAAUCUUCACCAGACAUGGCUUCAACAAAGAGAAGAUCGGUCGUGUCCUGAAGGACUUCUCCGCCGCGAGGUGUGACGACGGCCACGCCAUCAGCGAGAUGGCACAUGCCCACUACAAGGAGCUGAGAUCUGAUAUCGCCGGACCCGUCUUCUACCUGAGGAAGUUUCUGGACAACAUGCUCUACAGGGUGUUCCCCAACAAUUGGGUACCGGAGUACACAAUGGUCGCCUUUACCAACACGUCGUACAGCAAGUGUCGUCAGGAGACUGCCCGCCAAAAGUUCAUCAUCAACAUGACCUUAGGGUUCUUCAGCUUUUGCGCCGUCCUCAUCGCUUUGGCAUGCAAAGCUUGGCUUUGGCCUUGAACUUGUCCACCAGUCAAGGACAGUCCGUGGACUGCGUUGUUUAAAAAUUUCGCGUGACUGUUGUUUGUGCUUUAAACAUACGAAUUUAUAUUUACUGAAGGUCUGUGAUGGUUUACAAAGUAUUACACUGUAUAGUUUUGAAGACUUCUAUUUACUUGUUAACCUUUCCAUGUUUAUAAUGUUUAUGUGUUUACAUUUUAACCUUAUUUUGCUACAGAUUUUAAUUCUUUUUCGGAUGUACACAAUGUUUAUACACAUAUCUCCGUAGAUAAUAAUAAUAUUUUAUUUUAUUUAAAAAAAACUAAAUAAUUAAUUUUUUCGAACACAAACCUCUAUGAGGUCGACGAUAAAAGAAGUCCAUCUUUUUGUGACGAUGUUUAGCCCCUCCCCUUCACUACAAAAGAUCAGAUCCAGCUUAAGUUGGUAGCCAAACCUCAGCCCAUCAACCCCUUCACUACAAAAGGUCAGAUCUAGCUUAAGUUGGUAGACAAACCUCAGCCCAUCAACCCCGUCAUAUUGUAUUUUUUUUCAAGCAGCCGUUAAUAACUAAGACGUGUGUGGAUUAAGUAAAGUAUGUUAAUCCAUUGUAUAGUAACAUUUUAAAAAGCUAAUCCAUAGCUAAAAUUCAGUUUCGAAAACUUACUUUUUUAAAGUGACGUCACACAUUGUAACACACUGCAGCCCCCGAUCGUCACACCACGUCACAAAAACCUCUCCUCUCCCUCGGAAGGUGACGUUAUUAAUGGACGACACACUGCGUUGGUUUAUCAAUUUACAAAUCUGUUCAUCGAAUAUUUUAACAUCAAAUUUUAGCAAUUGACAAAUCUAUUCAUCAAAUAUUUUAACAUCAAAUUUUAGCAAUUGACAAAUCUAUUCAUCAAAUAUUUUAACAUCAAAUUUUAGCAAUUGACAAAUCUAUUCAUCAAAUAUUUUAACAUCAAAUUUUAGCAAUUGACAAAUCUAUUCAUCAAAUAUUUUAACAUCAAAUUUUUCUUGUCUCUAAAUCUAAAGUGGGUGAAUUUAAAUUGAAUCAAUUCAUAUGUUUUUGUUCUACUUAUUUAAUAUAGAGGUGUGCCAAUUUUAAUUAAUUGUUUAACUUAUUUCUUCUUUUAUCUUGAAAAUUCACGUCAUUGUUUUUUAUGAACAAGCUGGGUGAUUUUUCUCCACAAUGUAGUGAAUUUUUAUAAUAGUUUUCUAGUAUUGCAAUGCUCAUAGAUUUUAUUGUUUUCUUAUUGGGGUUAAUUUGAUUGACUUCUGGUCUUCUAAGGAUACAGAUACCUUUUUAAUUAAUUUUUAAUUAAUUACAUGAAUCAAGUCAAACAGAAUGCCGGAUGGCUUGAACUGACUGCAUGAAUCAAGUCCACUUGAAUGCCGGUUGAAUAAGUUUUUCCGCUGAAUCUCCCAACACUAAAAGCAGUAUUUAAUUGUGAUUAUAAUCUGAAUCUCCCAACACUAAAAGCAGUAUUAAAUCCGCUGAAUCUCACAACACUAAAAGCAGUAUUAAAUCCGCUGAAUCUCCCAACACUAAAAGCAGUAUUAAAUUGUGAUUAUAAUUUGUGCACGCUGGCUAACUUUGAAUUGAUUGAUGUACAUUGAUUUAUUUGCUUGUAAAAAUGACUGAUGAAAUAUUUACAUGUCGAUGUAAUAAAGAAGACAAAAACAGUU